AUGAAGCUGGCCUUGUGGCACUACACACGCAAGGUCAAUCGCUGUUCGUGGAUCAAGGCAUCAUCGCGCGCUGCGGAGGCACAUGAUCAAGGCGAUACCACCACGCGGUCUAUCCGGAAAUGGUGCCGUGCAUACAUCGCAGAUCGAGAGGACCUCCCAACAAAUCUAUGUGGUUCCUGGAACCAGUCAAUCAUUGAGGACGAGGAUAUGGCAAAUGACAUUCACUUACAUUUGCAAGGCAUUGGGAAGCACCGAAAAGCGGACGACAUCGUCCAGUUCUUCGAGCAGCCGGAGAUCCAGGAGAGAUAUCAGCUGGAUGGCUGGGCUCCCUCGAUCACAACAGCACAGCGAUGGAUGCGUCGCAUGGAGUAUCGGUGGGGAUCUGGACCGAAAGGUCAAUACAUCGAUGGGCAUGAGCGCGAUGAUGUUGUCGCAUAUCGCCAAACGAUCUAUCUACCA